CAAGCGAUUGCUCUGACAACGAGGUACCUUGAGCUGUCACUCGCGUGACAUCCGGAUCGCCCAGCAUGGGCAAAAGUCAGAGCAAGCUCUCGCCGCAAGAGCUGCAAGACCUGCAGAAAGCGACGCACUUCGACAAGAAGGAGUUGCAGCAAUGGUACAAAGGCUUCCACAACGACUGCCCCUCCGGCCUCCUAACCAAAGCCGAAUUCCAAAAAGUCUACAAGCAGUUCUUCCCCUUCGGCGACCCCUCCACCUUCGCCGACUACAUCUUCAACGUUUUCGACGCCGACAAAUCCGGCACCAUCGACUUCAAAGAGUACAUCUGCGCCUUAUCCGUCACCUCGCGCGGCAAAAUGGAAGAUAAACUCGACUGGGCGUUCCAACUCUACGACAUUGACGGCGACGGCAAGAUCACGUUUCAGGAGAUGCUGAGUAUUGUCGAGGCGAUAUAUAAGUUGGUGGGGAGUAUGGUGCGGUUGCAGGAGGAUGAGAAUACGCCGGAGAAGCGGGUGAGGAAGAUUUUCCGGUUGAUGGAUAAGGAUGAGAAUGGGAGCUUGGAUAUGGCGGAGUUUAAGGAGGGGUGCAAGCGAGAUGAGACGAUCGUAUCUGCACUGUCGCUAUACGAUGGGCUGGUAUGAGUGGCAAUUGUAGCGUCUUCGAGCGGAAAGGCAAGGCUUAAGGCAAUGCUCAUGAUGUACGGCGCUACGGUGUCCCGGCCCGGUGUGGCGAAUACGCUGGGAUUGCAAUAUCAUAAGCUGUGUAUCCCAGUAUGCUGAUGCGACAUCCGACCCUGUCGU